CUGGUCUCGUCAUCCGUCCCUGACAAGCCUCACGUUUCCCACUGUGACCUCAGACUGUCGUUGGACAGAUGCACGCCUCUUAGCGUUAGCUUUAAUGAAAGCCGGUGGGAAAUUCAUCAGAAAUACACUAAACUGUCGGCUUUACCGUGUUUUCUAGCGACUUGUUCGCCGUGCACACAGCUUAUCCAACCCGACAGAGAAGUAGCGGGCUAGCAGGAGACGACAUGGCUGCAAUCGAGGAGCUUUCCCCCGCUGCGGGCCCGGUGUCUACCCGGCCCCCCGAGGACGAGAUUGACGACGAUGAAGAUGAAGAUCUGGAUGAGACUCUGAUGGAGAGGUUGUGGGGCCUGACAGAGAUGUUCCCUGACACAGUUCGCACUGCUGCUGAAGUGUCUGCACAAUGCUCGGUCUCACUGGCCAAGAAGUUUUACAGUUUUUCCCGCUCGGCACUCUGGGUCGGUACUACCUCCUUCAUGAUCUUGGUGCUGCCUGUUGUGUUUGAGACGGAAAGACUACAGCUGGAGCAGCAGCAGCUACAACAGCAGAGACAGAUCCUGUUGGGGCCCAACACUGGAAUGUCUGGUGGGAUGCCGGGCAUGAUGCCUCCUGCACCUGGCAAGAUGUGAGACACAGGAAGGGCCAACGUGAACCUGAGAUCUGCUGCCAACGAAACAGCGGGGCCGGUCGCAAGGAGAGACAGAGAGACCAUGGAGAAGGGCAAAGAACUGCAGUUAAAUAAAAUAAAUAAAAAACGGAAGCAAAAGCUGCUGCAUGUCAACAGCAUGGCAUUAGGCUCACUCCAGCGUAUUGGAUUGGCUGAUGGGAUUGGAGGAGGAGGAUGUGAUGCGUUUCUAACACUUCUCUCUCGCUGUCUCUCCUUACUCCAUCAUCAUUCAGAGACUUAUUUCCAGGAGCACUGCUUCUAUUUUUUUCUUUAGGGGAUAGCGGGUUCAAGUGGAUGCAUUGAAAGACAAAAGGUUAAUUGUAUGUCUUGGUGUUUGCAGUCUGAAGAACAUUGCUAUACCUACAGUAUGUGGGCAGUUUUGUCCAUGAUCGUGAGCUUGCUGGUUCUACUUCUAUGUGGAGAAUUAUAAGAAUAGAGUAUCUGACAAACAGGUCCAAUGCACUGUGGAGCAAACUGUAGACAAGAUUAACUGGUAGGAAUGUGUCCCAUAGAUGGCCUCUUGAAGUUCUACAUGCUAUAUGACACUCUUUUCUAUGUGGUGCAUUCCUGUUUGUUUAUUCGUAACAGUUCAAAGUUGUACUAUGUAUGUAUGUCAAGAGUGCAAUGCCUCUCAUUUCACAGUUAAUUGUUUUUAUUAUAUUGCUCAGAUUUUUAAGCAAUAUAUUGUAUAAUUCAACAUCACCAGGUUUCAUGCUGUUUAACAAUUUAAACAUUGUUGUUUCCUUUUCCAUUGAUAGUAUGUGAAAAGUAAAAUGAAUUUAAGACAGCACACGUCAUAAGGUUUUGGACAAAUGUGGUUGGGGUGGUUGAUGACCCUGACAUGUCCAGUCUGUAGAGAAUGUUAUUUUCUAUUCUCUGUUGCCAUCCAUGUGAAUUUACAAUCUCUUUCCUCUGUUCAGUAAGCAAACUCAUGUCUCUGUUUUGUGUUCAACAUGACUGCAGUAAUUAAAACACCAAAUCAAAUGGA